GGAGAUUGUUAUUUUUAAUUUGAGUUAUUCUGUAAAUAACUAUCAUGCAGCUUAAAUAUAUUUUAGCAGUUCUUGAAUUAAUAUAAACUAGUUUAUUUUAUGAAUCCUUCGUUAUGUCUUACGUUUUGAACAUUAAAAAACUUUUAGCUGAUGAUCUUAAAGGGCUAAUUACCCAUGUAACUGGUCAUCAGGAAGGUUCUCCGGAAUUUAAAAAAUGUGAGGACACAUCUUGGUCCCUCAUAGUUGAUCAUUAUUACCCUUCUGUUUAUGAUCUCAAAGUGAAAUCAACUUUGAAUGACUUCGUUGACAAAUUUAAAGUUCAUGGAUUCCCUCAGAAGGCAAAGAACCUGAAAAUGUUAAUUGAAGCAUACAGUGAAUUGGAUUAUUUUAAGAAAUAUUGUGGACCUGGUAUUCAGUGGGGUAUUGUAGAUUUCUUAAUCAAACUUUCAUUUAAACCCACCAAUGCAUUAGAAGAUGAUCCUCCAUUAAACCUAGAGAAAGGGAAUAAGAGUAAGGAUGAAUCUUUUGAUUGGGGAACAUAUUUAAAGGAAGGGUAUGAAAAGUUCCAACUUCCUUCUGAGGAUGAGGAGAGCUGGACAGAGGAAGAAGCAGAAGAAAUACAAAACAAUAUAUCUGUUCAUCCUCUGGAAACUUUUAGACCUGUUCAAAUUCCUUCACCUCCUAGACCAACUCCAUCUGAUCUUCGAUUGGAGGCUUUACAGAGAGCUGAAAAUGCUGCAAAGUGGUUGGAAGAGCAUACCCAAAGCUUGUGGUGGAAAAAUCCUAUUCUCCGGGAAAUUCCUGAAAGUAAAAGGAAAGAGGCAAAUUAUUGUUUAAUUUGGGAGAAGCAAAUGAAGCACCAUCGAGUAUCAAUCAAUGAAACAAGAAUACUCGGUGAGCGGAAGGUUGUAAUGGAACUCAUUUAUGUUCUUUCAAUGCCAUCAAGUUGCUAUUUCAUCAGAGAAAUUUCUAAAGACUGCUUUAAGCCAAUCCCUGAUAUUUCUAUUUGUAGCAUUUCUCCGAAUUUGUUUUCAAUAAUCAUUGAUGAAAAUGUGUGCGUAUAUCUUCCUUAUAUUCAAAAACUUCAAACAUUUAUAUCUGAAAUGGAACAGGAUUUUUCAUCAUCGAUCCCUUGUACAUAUAGGGCUUACGGUUUUAGCAUGAAGAAAAUUUUUUCUAUUUAUAGAAGUAAGCUAGAAGAUAUUGAAAGAACAGUUGAAGCCCAAGAGGAUAUUACAACUCUACGUUACUUGAUAGCAGAAAUAACGCCUUGGCUGCAUAACAUUGAAUAUCUUUAUAGGGUUCAUGAAAGUGCUAUCAGCUUAGAUUAUAAGGAAAAGGAUUGUCGAAGCAAUGCAUUGAGACUUCUCACUGUUCUUUACAGCGAAUUGAAGGGAGGAACUAUGUGGAGGAUAGGUGACACUGCCUGGCAGAAAAAGACGAUUCUUUGUUUAUUUAUUGAUUCGUUUGAACCAUUUUUAAAUAUGCUCUGUUGUCAUCUGGCAAAUACAUAUCAUAAGAGCUUUGGCUCUGAAUUUUUUCUAUGUGGAUCAGGGACACUGUUGGUAGACUCAUACUCAAAUGAUUCAGAAGAAUUUUGGAAGCCUGUUCUUCAAAUGGCCUCUGCUGCAAUUAUUUCUUGUAAUUUUCUCACAGUGUUAGGAAAAGAGUCUUCUUUUGUCACCAAUAAAUGCCCUACAGAUAUAAUGUAUACAGAAAUUGUGAAGAAGUUAUCAAAUAUCUUGCAGUUACCUGCAAUAAAGGUUCCAGAUGAUGAGGAUGUAAUUUCAGCAUUUAAAAAAAAAGAAGAAUUGUUUCCGUUAGAAGUGAGACAGAUGUUAUUCCAUAGUGAAAACCUGAUUGAUAAGGUUUUCAGAGAAGUAAUAACCCCCCGUCCGAAAUUAACCAAACCUAGUAUCACCAACAGUUUGAUGGAAAAUUUGAAAGAUGUUGAUUUAUCAACAAGUGCUGUUCAUAUAUAUUUAAAAGAAGCAAUAUUAAAUGUGAUUGAGGAUUACAUGGAACCUAAAGGAUUCGCAGCGGACAUACUCCUUGGUCAGUUCAAACUACUAGAGCAUCUAAACGCCCUCUAUACAGUUGUCCAGCUUACUAGUGCUCUUAGUGCAGUUUUAAUUACAGAGUCAAGCAAGGUUUCGAAACGUUUUGGAAGUGUGAGAAUUAAUAAGUGUUUUGAGAGGUUUACGUAUUGCUUACUUGGCAUACUUUCUCAGGAUUAUGUAAAUAACUUUAAAUUUCAUAUUGAUUCAUGUAUCUUUGAGAAAAAGAGCACAUCUCUUCUUGAGAAAUCGAACUUCAUUCACUUAUACUAUCAGGCCACUCAGGAAAUCAGGGUUAUAAUUAGUGACGAAAUAAUUCACAGUUAUAUGAAAAUUUUUAGAUAUUUUUUGAAGAUAAGGAUAGCACUGGAUACAAUUAAAAGAUUAACAAUGGAUUUUAUAGAAGAAACGGCUGAGAAUAUAUUGAGAUUCAGGCAACUGUGUUCUCUGAGGUUGUGGCUUAUCCAUACCAUGAGUACAUUAAACAAUUAUUUUUCUACUUAUACUGAUACAGAGUUCCAGAAUGAAAUCAAGAAAUUAUGCCUCAAAGAAAGAAAUUUAUCAGCUAUUUAUAUUGCACAUAAAAAAUUCCUCAAAAACUGGCAGUACCAUUGUUUCAUCUCAGAAAAUCAUCCAUGUCUUGAAAACAUUGAAGAGUUCAUUUCUAUAUGCAAUGAAUUAAACUUCUAUUGGAAAUUGGAAAGAAAACAUUUCUUAGCUGACUAUCAAAUAGAACAGAUAGAGCAAAAAUAUCUAGAAUGCAUUAGAAAAUUUGUUGGAAAUAUUCAGUUAUUCGAAGAUCGUCUUGUUGACAGAAAUGAUACCUUUGCAUUUUUCUAUGAUGAGAUAAUGAAUAAUGUACCUGUUCCUCUCCAUAUAAGCACUCCAGAAACAUCUAUAUGCUCAGAGUAAACAAAUAUUUAAAUAAUUGUAUAUAAAAAAAAUCAUUUCGUUGUAAUUAUGUACAUAAAGAUCAUUAUUUGUAUAUACACUUACUGUGAUAAAUUAGACAUAAUUAUUUAUAUAAUUGUAUUUAUAACAUUUAUUUUUUGUUAAAAAGUAAUACUUUUUAUUAAAAAUACAAAUUACUAUACUUUUUU